AUGGCGGACGCUCAGCGAAGCAAUCAGAACUUCACGCUGGAGCACCUCUUCAACGUCAAGGGCCAAGUGGCUCUUAUCACCGGUGGCGGUUCCGGCAUCGGCCUAAUGGCUGCGCAAGCCCUCGCAGUCAACGGCGCAAAAGUUUACAUAACAGGCCGAACCGAAGAAAAGCUCAACCGCGUAGUUGAGCUCUACAACAACAAUAUCUCGGGAGAAAUUAUUCCCCUCACUGCCGACAUCACCGACAAGGAAUCAAUCGCCAAGCUCGUGAAAGAAUUCUCCAAGCGAGAGAACCAUCUCUCCAUCCUCAUCAACAACGCCGGCAUCUCAAGUUCCUCCCACACAACCGAGCACACCGACCCACACGAGCUCCGGGAAGCCCUCUUCGAUUCCCCAGCCGCCGACCCUCAAGAAUGGGAGAGCGUCUUCCGCACGAACGUGUCGCAGCUCUUCCUCACGAGCACCGCAUUCUUGCCACUCCUGCAACGCGGCUCGACUGAGCAGCCCGGUUGGUCCAGCACCAUCCUCAACAUCAGCUCUAUCUCGGGCAUCGUGAAGGUCUCGCAGCACCACUUCGCGUACAAUGCGUCCAAGGCGGCGGCCAUCCACUUGACCAAGAUGCUGGCGCACGAGGUGAUGACGUCGGACAUGCGCAUCCGGGUGAAUAAUAUUGCGCCGGGUGUGUUCCCGAGCGAAAUGACGACGGAAGGUAGCGAUGAGAUGCAGAAGAGCUUUAUUCCUAAGGAGAAGUAUGAAGAAAAGGUGCCGGCGUCGAGACCGGGGAAGGAAGAAGACAUGGGUAAUGCGGUGCUGUUUGCUGUGUCGAACCAGUAUCUGAAUGGGCAGACUGUUGUGGUCGAUGGCGGGUAUGUGCUUGCUGCGGGCACUGUGUAG